GACUGAGCUGGCAGCCGCCGGUCAAUCUUGAGCCCAGUCCGCCGGCCCAGUCCAGCCCAGUCGGUCGAGACGUUGACGUCGGGACGGAGAGGGUGCACUGUGGGACUCGCGCCACUCGCCCACUCGUCGACCUGAGGGACAACGCGCGCCGCGUGGAGCGUGACGGAGACGGACGGACAGCCUCGCGUGGACGACGCAGACCCAGACAGAGACAGCGGCAACAAAGGCGACAUGCAGCUGCUCGACGAGGGCCAGGCGGCGCCCGGCCAGGGCCAGCACCCUCCCACGCACCACGACAACAACAACGUGGUCAACGGCCUGGAGGCCGUCAAGUUGCGGAGCACCGGUAGCGAAUACCUUCCCAACGGGCGGCUCUCUCCCGCCCGCGACCGGUCCCCCAUUCGGAGGGACCUGGGCCGCGACAACGUCGCCAUGUCGCCCCAAGUCUACAACAAACUCAAGACGAUGACGUCGGCGGUGCAGGCGGCCGAGGACCAGAUCCGCGACCUGCGAGCCACCCUACGGGACACGCUCCGCGAGAACCGGCCGUCGCUGGUGCCCGAGACGGGGGCGGUGGCGACGUCGUGGGGCACGCGGCGGCAGGCCAACGGGCACGCCAACGGGUACACCAGCCUCAACGGCAGCCCCAAGGACAAGGGCAGCGCGCCCGCCAGCCCCGGCAAGAACGCCAAGAAGCAGCUCCGCGACAAGGAGUUCGCCGUCCGCAACUCGCCGCUCACCGACCUGUUCGCCGUGAACCACAUCAGCACCAUCUACCACGUCGCCGUGGUGGUGCUCAUCAUCCUGGUGCUCAAGACCCUGGUCGACGACCUGGUGGCGCACGGCACGAUAAACAUGAGCGUGGGGCUCAUCUGGCACUGCUUCGGCGGCUUCCACCGCGUCAUCACCAUCUGGCUCGUCAUGAUGCUGGCCACCAUGGUCCAGUACGUGGCCUUCACCAACUGGGCGCAGCGGCGGCAGCACUUCCCCGUCCUGGCGCGGCGGUGCUGGGACUGGGCCUUCUUGGCGGCGCUGCUGGUGUUCGACGCGGCGCUGCUGACGCUGCCCGUGCUGCGCAUGCUGCACUACGCCAUGCCCUUCGCGUCGUCCUUCGCCCUGCUCACCGAGGCCGUGCGCCUCCUCAUGAAGACCCACGCCUUCGUGCGCUCCAACACCCCGCGGGCGCUGACGGACGGCAGCUGUCCCGGGUUCUCGCACUACCUGUACUUCAUGUUCGCGCCCACGCUCGUGUACAGCGACAACUACCCCAGGACCCCCUCGAUUCGCUGGCGCGUGGUGGCGUGCCACAUGCUGGAGGUGGUGGGCUGCGUCUUCUACUGCAGCUUCUUGGCGGAGCGCUACAUCCUGCCGCUGUACCGCGACUUCGGCAACCACCCCGUGGUCCCGCUGGAGGUGUUCUCCAACGUGAUGGCCGCCGUGCUGCCCUCCGGGCUGGCGUUCGUGUGCAGCUUCUACCUGCUGCUGCACUCGUGGCAGAACGCCUGGGCCGAGAUGAUGCGCUUCGGCGAUCGCAUGUUUUACAUGGAUUGGUGGAACCAGGGCUCGUUCUCGGCUUACUACCGCACCUGGAACGUGCUGGUGCAGGACUGGCUCUACUCGUACAUCUACAAGGACGUGGUGCACAUGGGCUUCGGCGGCGUGCCGGCGCGCUUCGCCAUCUUCGGCAUCUCCGCCGUGAUGCACGAGUUCAUCCUGGGCUUCACGCUGCGCUUCUUCUACCCCGCGCUCUACGUCUUCUUCGGCAUCAUCGGAUUGCUGCUGUCCUUCUUGUCCGUGAGCCAGGACGGCUCCUCUGCGGUGGGCAACAUCGGCCUGUGGUUGUCUCUGUUCCUGGGUGACGGCAUCCUGGUCAGCUUGUACAUGAUGGAGCACUUCGCACGGGAAAACUGCGCACAAGUUAUAGAUUCAUCUUGGGAUUUGUUCGUCCCACGGUCCUGGAACUGCACAUCCCUGCUAGGUCAGACAUCAUGAGUAGUUUGCCUGUAAGUUAAGCAUUGUAUUACACUUUUCUGACUAUUUGUCAGAUAAAGUAACGAUUAUAAGACUGACUAUAAAGAUCGGGGUCUGAGAAUAAAUCUGCCAUUUGGUGUGUAUGCGACACAUUAGAAAUUAGGUUGUUGUCCAGGUUGAGAUUGAAUAACCUGUUGUUCACAUCAAGUCAAUGCAAUUAUUUUCUCGUUGAGGAAUUCUGUAUGGCUACACUGCUAUCCACUGCAUUUUGUGAUAUUUGCGUUUUUGAUGUCUUUAUUGAUUGUCAAAAGACAAUUUUUCUGUUGCCAAAUUUUCUGACUUGAUAUUUUUUAAUGUUUUUCUCCUGAUUUUUUUAAUUUGCUUAGAGGUUUAACUGUAUUUUAAGUUUCAUUUAUUGCUGUAUUUUAUGUCUUUUAUUCCUGUUAAGAUUCAUAGAAAUGUAUGAUUAUUUUGUUACUC